AUGGAUGAUAAAGUAAUAUGGGGGCUAUCGGAGAAAGGGAUAUUUUCAGUAAAGAGUGCUUAUUAUACAGAUUUAGAGAAAAAGAAACAAAAGACAGGAGAAACAUCAAAUGGUGAUCAAAAUGAAAGGUUACGGGGGAAAGUAUGGAGAUUAACAAACUCGAGUAAGGUAAAACAGUUUUUAUUGAAAGUUCUCAAUGGAAUAUUACCCACAAGGAGCAAUCUCUUCAAGAGAAGGAUAAUUGAUAACUCAACAUGCCCUAUCUGCAACAGAGAAGAAGAAACAGCCUUACAUGUGCUUUGGGUCUGUCUUGCUUCAGUAGAUGUGUGGGGUGAGGAUUGCAGCCCAGUCAAAAAGUGGAGAAGGAACUAUGCUGAUUUCAUGUCACUAUGGUCAGAUUUACAUUCUAAGUUAGAAGAAGGACAGCUCCACAUAGUAGCUGAGGUGCUUCAUGGCUUAUGGAGGAGACAAAACGACAUGGUUUUUGAAGGAAAGUUCAAAGGUCCUUCUGUUUUGUUUCAACAGGCAAUACAAGAAGUAGAGGCAAUCACAUUGGCUCAAGAAAAGCCUAGAGAGAGUCAAGCAAGUUCAACAGAAUUGAUAAGAACAAUGUGGAGACCCCCAAGACCUGAUUAUAUGGAGGUAAAUGUGGAUGCAGCCAUGGACACUAAAAAGAAAAAGAUGGGAAUCAGUGUUGUAGUGAGGGACUUCAGAGGAUAG